AUUUCAAUCAACCAAAAAAUUUUCUGUCACUCGACUCCAACCCGGGUCAAGGUUACAUGUUCCAUCAAGUCCAGGUUUUUCCAAAGCUAGUCACUGCUACACGCUAAGAGAAAACCCCACGAAAUAGCUCCAACGUGUGGACGUUAUCGAACCCAAACAAAAGACACAAAAAUCGCCACAAUGCUGUGCUGCAAGAAAAAACCGAUGGAUAAAAAACCUGAAGCAAUCGUUCCUUUUCCCGAUGGAGGUUGGGGGUGGUUUGUGUGCAUGGCUACAUUUACCACGCAGUUUAUCGUCUUAGGCACGAUGAACAACUUCGGAGUAAUUUACGUGGAAUUGCUCAAGGAGUUCAAAAACAUUGGAAAAGAUGAAGCAGGUAACAAAAAUUUUUUUUAUCUCGCUUCAUUAAUCAUACCGCUUAGGACAAAAACAACAUGCAAAUGAGUUCUUAAAGCAACCAUUAUGAUUUGCUGCUGUUUUCUUUCGUUGAAUAUCAAUUGAUAUCAUCUUCCUAAAUUUCGGAGAUUUGAGCACGUUGAGUUGUUUUAAAAUCUGCGAUUACUGCUUCGAGAUAGAGAGUGUUGCAAUUUUCAUCCCGUCGUGCUGAAAGGUUUAAAUCGCCAACCUCAGCUCCUAUAUACCGGCUUUCAAAAAGCCAAAGUUUACUUUUCAACCGAUCUCAGCUGUUUUUGUCUGUUUUUUUUUUUCUUUUACUGGAACAAAAACAAUAAUCGCUUUGCUGUAGUUCGCGGUUUAAAGCGGAAAGCAAACUUCCGAGGCGAACUGUGCGCGUGGAUGGCAUUAUAUAAUUCUAUUUUUUUCUUUGUGCAUCGGUUGUGAGAGUGAUUGCGCUUGUUUGGGCAAUCGUUGAUUGCCUUAAUUCGUUAAUUAAGAAAGCUGAAAACUGCAUUGCACGAAUGCUACCUUAUUUCAAAAUUUUUCUUGACGCAGGCAACCUUCAAGCAGCUCGGUGAAAAUUUUGUUCUUCGAUUGAUUUCUAGUUCUCACCUCAACGUCACAUGUGACAGGAAAUGUCACAAAAAAACCGGUUUUUCUGGCUUUUAAGCCAAUAGAAAUGUUAGCAUUAACUGCACGUUUUUUAGGGGUUUUCCAUUAUCAACUAGCAGCCAGUCCUCCAAGCACACCCCCAGUUUUUGUCCUUAUAGUUAAAAUAUAGACCAAAAAUUCCUAGUUUUAAUUAUCGAAGUUGCUUUCCUACCUUCAAAACGUUCAGUUGUCAGGCUUGUUGUCACAAAACUGUUGUAAACAUAUCUAUUGUGGUGUGUUUGACAGGGUAAAUUUGCAUUUUAAGGUUUUUAUGUCAUUACGAGAUGAAAAACAAUACUGGUAUUGUGUGACUGUUUUGAGCAAAUAAGAUCCCAAAUUCGUUCUUUAAGGAUAUGCUCUUUCUAUGACUUACUUGUUUUACCCUGACAACGUACGUGAACAUCACAUAGAAAGUACGGGAAAAAAUUAUCGUUUUUUUAACUCCGUUGAGUUUCCUAUGCAUGCAAAUUUGGCCGUGUUAGUUUUGUAUGCAAUUAAAUUCAUCGCAUAAAAUUUUUAUCACAUGUCCAGAAAAAUAACCCGGUAUAUAACUUUUUCGGACAAGACCUUUGUCAUCACACAAGGAAUAUUUACAUGGGAACUGGAAAUGAUCUCAUGUUUGAGUACCCCCAUAAGCUGCAAAAUAUCGUGUAUCUUUUUAAAUCAUAGCGAUGUCAGCUAAGAAAGGAAUAUGAGACAAAAUUAAACAUUCGGGGAUUAAACUAAGGGUUUAUCUGUAUUAACAUGUGUUGGAUCAAAAAAGAUAGUAUUUCUAUAAAUAAUAUCAUUCUAGUAGGUCUGAUGCCAUCGGACAAAAUUUACCAGCAAGAGUAAAUGAAGUACCUUUUUCAACCCCACUUUAAUUUCCCCACCACAAUUUAAAAAAUUUGUUCCCUCGGAGUAAAGCUAGCCUGCGUAACAAGAGGAUCGAGUUAAUGCGCUCUCGCUCCAAGAAGCUCAGCAUUUUUUUUUUCGCUCCAAGUUUUCGCGCAAAAGCUGAAACGCAAGCGAAUCUCAACAGGAAUAGUUUCAGGUUAGACUGUAAAUAAUGUAACGCGUCUUCUAAUACCAGUACUGCUGGUCUCUUUCGCAAUUUUCAUGACGCAAAAUCACUGCUGGAGAUGUACACCAGAAAUUUUGAGCACGAAAAAAGGAAACCACGCCAGAGAUUAAGGAUGUAUUUGUUACGUUUAUUGACUCAGAAGUUAUAAAAACAAGCAAAGUUUAACAUAUCAACGUAGCUGAGCAGAAUACUUUCUCAUAUCGGAAACGCGGAUUUCCUCUUUACGUGGAGAAAUAAACCAUUAAUUGCACGAAAUACUUUGAUCGAAUAUAAUUAUUUUAGUUUCCCGGGGAUUGAAAUCGUUCUAGAAGAAAACAUACUAGAAACACCCAGAAAGGAUAAAUUGAACGGAAUUGUCUUUUUGACGCAUUAAUUCUCUCUUAAUACAUCCCGUAUUGUUCGUUUUACAAUGGUAUUUAAAAGCUUACAAACUCGGCUGGCAAUACAAACCCAUUCUGUCAGAAACAGAUCUAAAAAUUUUUUGUCUGCCGUGUUAACUCUUCCUCGGUCGACGAAGAUAAUUUGUAGGCGUGUCACGGUUAUAUAUAUUUGCACCAUAAUCAUUGCCCUAAAUAGAUUCAUGUUAACAUCUCUUUAAUAAUCAAAAUCAGAAGCUAGCAAACCAACCAUUCAUAUACUUCAGCUUCUCUCCUAGACGGUGUAAAGCGCCGCUAUGAAUACCAAACUGUAUAUUUUUCUGCGUGAAAGACGCGCGUUUAGUGUGCGUGUUUAGGGAGCUUAAGCAACAAAUGCAACGACGGCCACGGCUACGAAAACGUCACGUACAAAGUAAAGUCGCGCUGCUUCAAACUUCAUCGCGCAAAUUCCAUCUCGUUCAAUUCGUCAAAUGCUGGCAAUUUUUUCUGGAGUUAAAUUCUGAAAGAGGGUAACGAAGUUCAGGAAAAGAAAAACAAAGUCGUUGUUUUGUGUUCACGUCCUCCACAAAACGUGAAAUUAGGCAUUUUCACGUCGUAGUCGCGCAGUGACGGCAAAGUAAUGUAAAAAAAAGCGUGAUGCACGUGCAGAGCUGUUGUUUUGCCAAUCUAAACCUAUUCCUGUUUUGCCGUUCUUGCUGACGUCCCCGUAGUCGUUGCUUAAGCUCCCUAUCUGCGGUGCUACAACGCGGGCAUACGCCAAUCGCAUUUGAAAAACAUGAAGUUAUUUCUCUCACAAAACGAUUGUUUUCCCUUAAAGUGUAAUAAACACUUUUCAGAAUACUAAGAUUUAGUGAAAUUAUGCAGUUUAUCAUGAGUAAUGUGGCCAAAAAAAUGUCUUGAGGGCUUGUUUGUUUAGAAUCUGGUGGUCCGCACAUGCACAGUGCAUCCCAACGAUUUGUUGGCAUCUAUGUGUGGCCCACAAACCAAAAAUAUUCCGACGACGCGAACGCUUUCGUUUUAUUGCUGUCAUUGCAUUCGGCAAAACAAAAAGCUGUUUACUUCCUAUGAAGAUAAGAAUGCUGUAGGAUCCAGCAAACGUGACUCAAGAUCUAGACUUGAGUCAACACAGAACAUGUUUUGUUGCAGUCAUAACGAUCAAUCAAACGAAUCGUUUUAUUUUUACCUUGUCCAAAAAAAUAUUUGAAUGGCCGGUUUUACAAGAAGCUAGAGCUCUCAAGCUUGAACGGAUUUAACAUUGAAAUUCAUUGUACUGUAUGACCAUUUUUAUCAGAAUACAAGUGCAAUUUGUCUGCAUACCAAUAGAUACUUGUCUUAUAUUUGAGAAGGAUUACCUUACAUAACGUUUGAGGAGUAUUUCUUAUCUGUUCAUGCAAAGUUUACAUGGAUUUGAGACGAUAUUGUUUGAAACUUCGAUGUCUCUUUUUGAAAACCACAGCGUUGUUUUUUGUCUCCUUUAUGGUCAAAAAACAGCUUUUCAAGUCCAGUUAAAGUUUAAUGCUGCGUUUUAAAUACUGUUAAACAACGUCAUGGUGUCAACAUACCCUAGGUUGGUUUUGUUAGACUCAAUCAAUUAUGUGGUUUCUCAGUGUUGUUUGAAAACAGUUUUGUAUACUACUUCUUUAUAAACGACUUCCCGUGAGGGAAACCAUAAAAAGCGAAGGAGUUUCUUUUGGCCACUGCCCAAAUACAUCCUGUCAAGUUUUCUUACAUCAAGGGCUCUUUCAAAUCCAACUUGAUAAUUCUUUGCCACGAUUAUUCUUAUUCACCACAAAUUUUCUUUUUCAGCGGUUUCUAGCCAUUCAUUAGCUUAGCUUUCUCAACUGGGGAGUAGACGAAAUCUUAGGAACGCAAAAAUGUCAUGAAACGUUUAAAGGAAAUCUGUAAAUUCACUGACACGUAUUAAUUCCAGUCCUCUCAAUUUUUUUCAACCUUCAUCGUCAAAGAGGUCAUUACACAUGGGCUAAGUCGGGAUAUGAUUAUCAAACAUUUAUCGCUAAAACCCUUUUGGUACAUUUAGAAAAAAGUUAGUGAUAUCUUUGAGACCACCAGUGAGGCCGGGCCAAACGGAUAUUUAGGUAAAAUGAUAUAGGAAUACAAAAUAAGCAGAGGAAAUAAUCUCCAAGAAAGGUGAUACUAUGCUUAGAAAUUUGGGGAAAAAAUUAGAUAAGGUUCAUGGGUCAAAUUCAAUGAAAAAGUGUGACUGUAGUCAUGGGAAGUUGUAAUUGUAGUCAUGGGAGGUUGUAAUUGUAGUCAUGGGAAGUUGUAAUAACAAUAUUGUCUCCUCAAGAUAGUACCUAGGGGUCAUUUAUUUAAUAAAACUUUUACAAGUGUAGCUAUUGUUUUCAGACUCCAAAACAUUGGCUACACUUGGAAAAGUUUUAUCAAAUUGACCCCAGAUAUGCAGGUCUUAACACCUCUUAAGGGAUCUUUUUUUUUAACAAUUAAAUAUUUUGAAGUUCAUUUCUUCAAUUUUAGGAUGAUUUUGUACAUUGCAAAGAUGACUCAGAUAUUAUUUCAGAGCUCCUUAGAAUUGAUAAUCACCUCUCCAUGGCAACUUACUCCGUUGGAGUAAAAAAUUUAUUGAAAAUAAGCUAAAAAUAUUUGUCCUAAUGAUAACAUAUGGCCCAUGAAGAUGCUUAGAAGUGAAUACACAUAUUGUUUUAAACUGAGGUGUUUAGUAGUCGCUGGUCAACCAUAUUGGUGAGCAGUUGGUGCAUGAUACCACCUUCAUAGGGUUACACGGAGUACCCACUACUGACCAUUUGGAGAGUGGGCUCUGUUUGGUUUUUGACAUAACUGGGAUACGGACAACAUUUCCCCCUUACUUUACUGCUGGGCACUGAGGCUCUCCACGUAAAAAUCCUCAUAAGAACAUUGGUGAAUAGAUGUAUUUCUGGCUGUCCAGAGCUGGAAACACAUCUUUGUUCACAAACUACUUGGAGUCAAGCCAUGUCAUGAAGUUCAGCUUGUAUGUGACUAACCUGUGUUGUUCCUUCCCAGCUGUGGUGGGAUCCCUGACGUAUGGCCUGAUGUUCUUACUUGGACCCUUGGCAACAAGCUUGUGCCAAAAGCUGGGCUGCCGUGGGACAACAAUGAUUGGCUGUAUCAUCGCAGCAAGUGGCUGCCUUCUUGGGUCCAUCUCACCCAACAUAUAUGUUAUGGACUUGACAUAUGGUUUUCUAUUUGGCGUUGGAGCAAGCAUGUGCUAUUUUCCAUCAGUCGUCAUCCUGGGACAAUACUUCUCAAAGCGUCUUUCCUUAGCCAAUGGGAUCACUUCCUCUGGAAGCGGAGUAGGUUCCCUGUGCAUGGGACCUGUAUUACAGAAGUUAAUAAAACACUUUGGUAUGAGGAACACAAUGAGAAUCUCUGCAGGCAUGUUAGCCUGUGUUGUUCUCUGUGCUGUUGUGUAUAGACCUAUAAACACAGGAUUCCUUAAUGUAAAGAAAGAACCCACGGAAAGAGAGAAAAAAUCAAGGUUUGCUAUCCUGAAGAGUUUCAAAGAACUGUUCAAAAACAAAGCGUACAUCCUUUGGUGUUUUGCGCUUGCAGUUUGGAUGCUUGGUUAUUUUGUACCAUUUGUACAUCUGGUAAGUUGAUUACCUUAAACCCCAGUAAGUACUGUACAACUGUAUUUUAUACACAGACUCAAACAAGGAAACUAGCCUGUUAAUCACGAUAAACAUUAUCACCAAAAAAGAGUUCAGCUUGUGAAAGCUUUCAUUUCCAGGAUGGAAGAAUAAUUUCUGCAGGUUUCUUGGGCUGAUUUGUAAAUCAUCAAAUAUUACAAACUUUCUUUGUCUAAAACAGAAUACUGUUGAACCUCUAUGUGCAUCCACCUCCCAUAAGUGAUCAGUCAUCCAAAAAAUAUUUCCCUAUUCAAAGCCUUAUUAUAGUUGAAACCUCCAGAAAAUGACCACCUUCUCUUAAGCAACAGCAGCCCCUUUUUAGGACAAUGGUUUAAGAAUUUUCCAUUGUUUUUAAUAACUGCUUCCAAUCGACCACCUGAUACAAUGGUCUGAUCUCUGUAUCCACUGUAAGUGCUACACUACUCAGAGUAUUAAAAGCAGCAUGGAUCCACCUAUAUUGUGACUUAGAAAUUGGAUGCAAUACAUUCACUCCAACCAGUAGAUGUGUCUGCACUUCUCUUCAUUAAACACCUUCUGCAGUUUAACUCUCAUAAGUGACUACUUCCUUUAAGCGGCAACUGACUUUUUGUAUUUGGGUGGGACUUGCUUGCGGGAGGUGCAACCGUAGCAUUCUACUCAGACUUAAUAAUGUAUAUCGUAGCAAAAAGAUUAAAAUUUUGUUUCUCUGACUUCCUUAAGGUAAGCCUUGCCAUUGAAGAAGGCAUCGAACCAUUCAAGGCCACACUACUCAUAGGUAUCAUGUCCAUUGCAUCCACCCUUGGACGUCUCCUCUUCGGCCGAAUAGCUGAUCACCCCAGAGUAAACAGGCUGUAUCUUUAUCAGAUCUCUUUCUUAAUGAUUGGCAUCAGUAACACCUUGUGUCCUGUUUUAACCUCAUACCCUGGUCUUAUAUGCUAUGCCACCGCAUUUGGCUUCUUUGAGGGGUGCUAUGUGCUUUUGGCUCCUGUCCUGACCGGUGAUAUUGUUGGACGAGACAAGAUGGCUCAUGGAGUUGGUGUUUUGUUCGCUCUAAAAUCGUUGCCUCUAACUGUGGGACCAAUACUUGCUGGUAAGUGGGGAAAAAUGGAGACAGCAAUGGUUAAAUACGUUAUUGACUGACCAAAACAUGAUGCCUUCUCAAUGAAGGUUUAACUGCACAUAUCACUCUCAAGAUAUCAUCUCGCAGUUUUCUAUGACGUUGCAUGACACUGGACACUGCAAAACACAUGAAAAAGGGCUACAAAAAUAUAUAUACUCUAAAUAGCCCAAGGCUGUGUUCUAAAGAAAAUUAAAGGGAGCCCAGUGCUCAUAAACUGUGGAACCUUGGUUGCCUCGCAUAUGAGCAUGAUUUGUAUGGAAAAACUUUGAUUUUCUAGCCACCCAAGAACAAACGUUGGGAACCAGGAGCCACUGGGCUCUGCUAGAACACAGCCCUGAUAGAGUAGCCUGGAUUUCGGACAUUCCAUACUCCUCUAAGGGACCUUCCUGAGAACAGUAUGCGACUUGAAGGAAUGUCUGAAAUUCAGGCUAUAAAUAGGGUUUCUUGCAGCAAUUCUUAUUUUUUAUAGAUAGAUGUAGCUGGCUCUGAUAUAUUUUUUUUCUCCUUUGUAGGACUUAUCUACAGAUAUACCAUGUCCUAUCAAGUGGCAUUCUACAUCUCUGGAGCAGUCCCCACAGCUGCUGCUUGUUUGAUGUUUGGAAUCCCAUUUCUCAUGCCAGAUAGACAAGAGGACAAAAAGUGCAGAGUUGUGCUUGCAGAGGAAAGUGGAUUUGACAAAAAGCCAACAUACUUUGAUGAAAAAUUGGCCUUUGCUGAAAUGGAAAAACAAGGAAAUAGUGGUUAUUACCCUGGGGUUCCAGAUGUUAUUAUCGAGGAACCAGAAGAUGAUCCCGGCAGACCAGUGUCAUUUUACAGCAUGGAAAGCAAUGGUCAUCUCUCAACUCUCAGUAUCAACAAUAACAGAAACACUCUCGGUGUCAGCACAAAUAGUAUUUCAACGGUGCGAGAGACAUGUCUGGUGUCAGUGGACACCAUAAAUGUAAGAAGAAGUCGGAUACUUCAACUGAAGGGAGAGCUAAGCAGUUCUGUGUUUUCACUGGUGAGAAGAUACAUGGACAUGCCAAAAGAGGUUGCUGCUAGUGAAUGUGGUAGCAUAGCCUGCAUUCCCCAGCAUAUUGCUCAUGAGCCUCAACAACCUCCUCCACUCCCUCAAGAGAAAGUUGUUGUUGUUGGUAAAGAGACAGUUGUGUAAAACAUCAUCAGGCAUACAUGUAACACAAGGCAGUCAUGUACCAGUAAAGAUUAACUCAAGUCCUGUCCUUUGACAUCUGCACCGUGCCUAGUAAAGAGGCUUUCUACUAUUCAAGAAUGAAUAGUAAAAGGUGUUUUUACAACCUACAGUUAAAUUUCACAACAAAACAGGAAAAAAUUCCACAAUUUCAGUCAUUAGCUAAGAACAGGCUUCAUAAAACUGAAACAAACAUAUAAUGCCACAGAAAAUCUACAUCACAAAACUAAAAACAAACACAAUUCACUUUGCUAACAACAAGAAGAAAAGAAAACCCAAUGAUUUCAUUCCCAUGGAAACAGUGAAGUUGAUUUUAGAGUGAAAGAUUUUAAAGUACUUGAUAGUCAAAAAAAUUACGUUUUUAUAGGAUAGAAAAAUAUGAAGAUAUGACUUGAUGAAUUGCAACCAUGUUCCUACUACACUGUGGUUGACAAUUUAUUAUAGUAAACUGAAAACUGGCCCUCAGCAUUUUUGUAAGGGCGAGCAAGUUUUGUUUCCCAAUGGAAUGGGCAAAUAGACAAUCAAAUAGACCAAUAAAUAUAUAGUUGUGAUCUGCAACAUAAUGUACACUGUGUUUGUAAUGGAAUGAUGUCUUGUGUGGUACACACUCUUUUGCAGCUGCCUUACACAGUGUUGCAGCCACAAGAUGUUGUUGGUAAUUUCACUUACAUCUGUUUUGGCAAUUGAUUACAAAAGCACAUGCAGAAAAGAGUUUCAUUUUAAACCAAAAGGGUUAUUCAGAAAAAAAUAUCCAAACAUACAAGUUUCAUUAAAAGUGAGCAUUUUUCCAGGUUAAAUCAUGUGAUAUUAAACACCUGUAGUUGAGUAGAGAAGAUAUCUUUCAAAUUAAUGAUAACAGCUAAAUAACGACAAAAAAGUGCAUGAUUUUCAAGCCAAACAUUUGACAUUUUCCUAAUAUUAUUAUUUAAUUCAACAUAGAUUAGAAGAAGAAAAAACUAAAAACCAAAAUUAUUAUAUUUGAUUCAAAGGGAUCAAACACUAUCAUUUGGAAUGUUAAGUGUAAGUUCCUUUCAAAGGCAUCGUUUCAGUGUCGACUCAAUUUGAAACAAAACUGCAAAGGUUGUAAGACCUUUAGAAAUAACAGUAUUUAUGGUGACCGGUUGGUUUAACUAUUUUAAAAUUAUUUGUAACAACAUAUCAAUAAUAUAUAAUAUCUUUAAAAAUACUUAGAGUGGGUAGUUAUGGACUGUAGACUGCCAGGGUUUUUACUUUUUAUGUAAUUUAUGAGUGAUUUUUUAAACAAGUAUUCAACUGAGGGUUGAUUUUUAUAUUUGUAGGGGUAAGUUUUUGUUGUUGUUUUCGUUGUUUUUAAGGAUCAGUGGCAUGUACUCAGAUACCAACUUAGAAAAAAAACUUUUGUUUUGAUUUGUUACCUAUUUCACAAGAAGAAAACAGGCUUACUAUUUUAAAGCGACAAAAUUUUACUAGUUC